GAAAGUGAACAUAAAUUGAAGGUUGAGCACCUUAGGGCAGACUGCUUGAAUCAAGUAGGGGGCGAAAUCUCCAUAGUAUUCCUAUCGUUACGUGUAUGAGUAUAUAUAUAUAUAUAUAUAUAUAUAUUUACAUUUUAACUUAAUUUAGUAUGGUUGAUUCCCCUUCACGCGAUCCUGUGAGAUCUGAUAAUGUUAGUAGAAGCAGUGGAAGCGAUGAAGACGUUGCGAUAGUGCAAGACCCUGACACAUACUUUUAUAAUCUACAGGAGAAACACCACGACUCUCAAUGGGUGCGCGGAUUGUCACCGGAGGACGAAGAUACCACCACUAAUCACGAAAGUGCUGAAUUAUUUGAUACCUCCAGAAAUACUCAAAAGGCAUCGUUUGAUUCAGAUUUUGCAGUUGAGGAGAUGUUUAAAUACCCAAUUGUGCUCGGAGUUAUCUCUAUUUUAAAUAUCAUGGCUCAGUGUGUCACUAAUAUGGAUCGCUAUCUUACAAUGGACUUUCCUGCAACGGAGGAGGUGCUCUGGCCACACGGCUGGCAAAUUGACGAGAGCCUUUUGAGCUUUUCACACAGGAUCCUAGUUCCACUUCUUUUGUCCGUUGUACCACCAGCUAGCUUCUGUGUGUGGCUUUCAUUUACUAUUGGACGUGUCACGUAUGACUUCACGGCUCUCUGUGGUGUGGGUACGGCUCUGCUUUCCUUUUUGGGGUUACUGAUGCAGUCCAUAAUGCUUAUAAGGGCUUGCGGCGAUUCAGUUCGUGAUUUUGAGGGGUGCGAAAUUCCCUUUGUCAUGUAUUGGGUAUGCAGCGUUGCGCGGCGAUGGUGCCCACUGAUGUCGCUUUGGUGUGUAACGCCUGCGCUAGAUAGAGUCAGUUGCAGACGGCGGUGGAAAUACCUGAUGGCGAUCCCUCUUCUCGCCUUCAUGCUAGCUGUCCUAGCUUCAGUUCACAAAGGUGCCCGGGCAUCGAGUUUAUUUGCAGUAGCGUAUGGACUACACAUUCUAAUUUGGAGUUUCUUUCUUAUUUACCUUCGUGGACAUAGAUGUAUUGGUGGUAAAUGUGGGAAGUCCCACACUGACUGAUGUUUCUAUCUGUAUUCAUCCCUUCAGUGGCACUGCACACCAUGUCCUACCGAGCGAAUAAGUGGAAAAAUUCGUAAUAGACUAAAAUCCACGAGCAUUUUGUUUAUUAACAGCAUCUUA